GGGGAGCCGGAGCGGGGCUUGCCCGGGCAUGUGGGAGCUGCAGGCUGUCUGAGCACCACGUGCGGGCGGGAGGACAGACGCCGUACUUCAGAGCGCUUCCUCACUGGCACGUGGCCUCCCGGGCCUCGCUGCACCCCGGCGGUGAGCUUAUUGGGAUGGUACCCCGGGAAGGCCCUGAGUCUGCCCAGCGCCUGUGCCCUUCCCUGGCUGGCCUGAAUGCCAAGGAUGUGCUUCGGAGAAAGCACAAGACGAGGAGCCGACAGCACCAGCGAUUCAUGGCCCGCAAGGCCUUGCUGCAGGUGCAGGGGCUGCUGAGCACGCCCGCAGGGCCGGGAUCCUCCCCACUGCCCGCACGGCCGGAGGCACUGCCGGGCUCCGAAGCCACCAGCAGCAGGAUGCAGCGUCCAAGGAAUGAAUCUGGAGGUGCCUCGUGCAGCCGAAAGCCCACGCCCAGGGAAUCCACAGCACCCUGGCCCAGCAAGUGCGUGGCUAUCGACUGCGAGAUGGUGGGCACGGGGCCCCGCGGGCGGGUGAGUGAGCUGGCCCGCUGCUCUGUGGUGAGUUACCACGGCGACGUCCUCUACGAUAAGUACAUCCGGCCGGAGAUGCCCAUCGUGGACUACCGUACUCGCUGGAGUGGCAUCACUCGACAGCACAUGCGCACAGCCAUCCCCUUCCAGGUGGCCCAGAAAGAGAUCCUCAAGCUCCUGAAGGGCAAGGUGGUGGUGGGGCACGCGCUACACAACGACUUCCAGGCCCUCAAGUACGUCCACCCUCGCAGCCAGACCCGGGACACCACCUACGUGCCCAACCUGCUCCAGCGGCCUGGCCUCCAUACGCGCACCCGGGUCUCUCUGAAGGACUUGGCCCUGCAGCUGCUGCACAAGAAGAUCCAGGCUGGCCGGCACGGCCACUCGUCGGUGGAAGACGCCGUGACGGCCAUGGAGCUCUACCGGCUGGUUGAGGUGCAGUGGGAGCAGCAGGAGGCCGGCAGCCUCCCCGCCUGCCCGGAGGACCGGGAGCCUGACAGCGGCACAGACACGGAGCAGUACAUGGAGGACCGGUACUGGCCGGAGGACCCGGCCCAGGGCCCCAGCGGGGGAUCGGGGGACGCACAGGACAGAGGCGAGUGAGGCCAGGGAGGCUCCCGGCGGCCUCGGAGGGCGGCGAGUGGGGCGUGGGGGCCAGGCGAGCCCCGGGCAGCACGUCCUGGGCAGGACAGGGUGCCGCUAGCCCACUGCCGGCAUCCGGGGGUUGGGACCACCGGUCCUCCUGGCUCCCUCUGCCCACGGCGUGGCCCUCCCCUCCCCAGGGCUACUGCGGGCACUUUGUCCCCACUCCCGUGGUCGCUAAUGGUGCUUCGUAGACACCGUGAAAACGUCAGGUGGGCAAGCUGUGAGGACCCAGCCCGAGGAGGGAGUGUGCCACAGACGGUCCUGGCUGUCACUGGCCUUCCCCACCCCCAGGCUGCGCUGUCUAUAGGGAUGAUGUCUCCUCCUUGGGGUGUUAGUUCAGCUCCGUGACUUGGUAAAGCCCUCUUGUUGUCCUCUGCCCCGUCCUCCACAGGCACGUCAGGUUCAGAAGGAGUAUGCCCUGAAUCCGUAGAGUGAAGGCCACUCUACGGGGCCCUCCUUUGUUUUCUCUCGGAACUGGAACUCUGGCUGUAGCCGUAGUGGGAACCCAGCGCGAGGCUACGAUGGCAUGCAGGGCUCUCAGGCUCAUGGGGUGUUGGCACCAGAAGUCACCAGGCACUGGUGGGAGGACGAAAGCCAAUAGGCUUUGGGUGGGGAGUGUGGCAUACUAAUUUUGACCCAAAUCAGGCAUUUCUCCUGCCCAUCCAGCACGAGGCUCCCUUAAGCCAAAGCCUGAGGAACAAGAUAGCAGCUUGAAUCCCGGGACCCCUGUGCAGAACCGCACCCAAGGGACCUUAUUUAUCGAGAGCAAGGCCAGCGGUGUGCAGGGGAGCAGAGUGGGU